GAGUACGAAAUGAACAACAAACGAUAACAGUAAAAAUAUCUUUUAGGACUUUUUAAAGACAAAGUGGGACUGCUGUUGGAAGGAUUCUUCCCUGUUCUUCUCUGUGUCUGUUUUUCUUUUCUUCCUCUAACCAUAAUGUCUCCAAAUCUCCUCAUUUCCUCAUCGAUUCUUUCUUCUUUUACUUCAGGUGUUUCACAACUUUCUAGUGGUUAUCUUUUCUUGAAUACCUUCAGCUUUUAUCUUGAGAUUUAAUAUUUUCUUGUCCUUCUGCCAGAUUUUUUCAACCAUGUUAGCCAAAGGGGGUGGCUUUGAGCUUCUUAUGCGCGCAGUUGUUAGCAGUAGUUUUUGUGUGAUAUUUUGGUACCAGCAUUCUACAUAGGAAGCUAGAUGGGUUCUAGAUUCCCAUCUCAUAAGCUCCGCAAUGGGCUUUAUGUAUCAGGCAGACCAGAACAGCCUAAAGAAAGGACUCCAACCAUGAGUUCGGUGGCCAUGCCCUAUACUGGUGGAGAUAUUAAGAAGUCCGGAGAACUGGGGAAGAUGUUUGAUAUCCCUAUGGAUGGUUCUAAGUCCCGGAAAUCUGGGCCUAUAAAUACUGUUCCUUCAAGGACUGGAUCUUUUGGGGGUGCUGCUUCAAAUUCUGGACCAAUCAUGCCUAAUGCAGCGCCUCGGGCAGGCUAUACCACAUCAGGUCCUGGUGCCACUGGAGGCAUGUCCAGCUCAGCAUCAUUAAAGAAGUCAAACAACUCUGGACCACUGAAUAGACAUGGAGAUCCUGUAAAGAAAUCAUCAGGUCCACAAUCCGGUGGAGUAAUGCCGAGUGGACGUCAAAAUUCUGGUCCUAUUCCUCCUGUUCUCCCUGCAACAGGCCUUAUUACGUCUGGACCCAUCUCUUCAGGCCCAUUGAAUUCCUCUGGGGUUCCUCGGAAAGUAUCUGGUCCCCUGGAAUCUUUGGGAUCAAUGAAAGUACAAGGUUCUGCCGUUCAUAAUCAGGCUGUCAAUGUUCUUAGCCAAGAUGAUGACUUUUCUUUCAGGAGGAACUUCCCGAAACCAAUAUUUUGGGCACUGAUACUGCUUUUCGUAAUGGGUUUCAUUGCUGGUGGUUUUAUUUUUGCGGCAGUUCACAACGUCAUUCUCCUUCUUGUUGUUGUGGUUCUUUUCAGUGCUGUCACUGCAUUAUAUGUUUGGAACUCUUGUUGGAGGAGAAAAGCUAUUACAGAUUUCAUUGCUCAUUAUCCAAAUGCAGAGCUUAGAAAUGCAAAGAAUGGGCAAUUCGUAAAAAUAUCUGGGGUGGUAACAUGUGGUAAUGUACCUCUUGAGUCAUCCUUCCAGAGAGUUCCCAGAUGUGUUUAUACAUCUAGUCGUUUGUAUGAGUACCGAGGAUGGGAUUCCAAAGCUGCGAAUCAUACUCAUUGUCGUUUUACUUGGGGACUUCGGUUGCUAGAAAGGCGUGCAGUAGAUUUCUACAUCUCGGAUUUCCAGUCUGGGUUGAGAGCAUUAGUAAAAGCAGGCUAUACAGCUAGGGUGACUCCUUAUGUGGAUGAUUCGAUUGUUAUAGAUGUCAACCCAGCUAAUGAAGCAUUAUCUCUGGAGUUUGUCAGAUGGUUGGGAGAAAGGAACCUUUCAAGUGAUGACCGUGUAAUGCGAAUGAAAGAGGGGUAUAUCAAGGAAGGAAGCACUGUUAGUGUAAUGGGAGUUAUUCAGCGAAACGACAAUGUGCUUAUGAUUGUUCCUACAUCGGAGCCAAUUACAACUGGAUUCCAAUGGGCCAAAUGUAUCUUCCCUGGGACCCUUGAGGGAAUUGUAUUAAGAUGUGAAGACACGUUGAAUAACGAUGCCAUACCGGUUUAGUAGCAUGUGCAUUGUAAACUUUCUCAAGUAGAAUUCUUUUAAAAUUUAUGCGCUUCCUUUUCGAUUCUUAUAUAUGGCAACGGUGGUGGCUUUGGUAAAGGUCGGGGCGGGCAUUUUCUUAUCCUUUGAACUUUGUAUAGCUUUUCCUGGUUUCUUUGUUGCUAUGCAGUUGAGUAUUUGGUUUUUGAGAAGGUUUGUCAGAUAUUAUAUAGAGAAAGAAAAACAUUACAUUAAUUGCA